GUGUCAAAUAUGUAAACAUUGUUGAAAAAUAUCGAAAAACUCCAAAAAAUUUACUUAAUAAUUGUUUCAAAACUAAAAAUCAGCGUAAAUUUGUGUUAAAUGUAAUUGUUUGUAAAGUGUAAUUGAUAUGUUCAUGUGGCCUAAUAUUCCAUUGUGAAAUUUCUAGUGUAAAAUUAGAGCAUACCUCAGAUUAUUUUGUAGAGAUUUUCCUCACUUAAUAACUAGAGCACUAGGUAUUCAAUUAGUUAUUACCUUCACUAUGAUAGGCAAUUAAGUGAGGGCUAUGUCUAGCUACGAAUCACUACUCGGGAACUCCACAUCUAGUGGAAUUUGUAACUGGUUCAAACGUAAGAAACUUUAUCGGAUUGGUGUCAUAAUCGCUGUCUGCUUAUUGUUGAUUCCUUUCGUAUUUUAUUGUUUGCUACAAAACGAUGAAUCCAGCACACCCAGCAAUGAUAUUCACAGAACACGAUCGCAGCUUGAGGCUUUUGAGGAUAUCAGUCCGAUUAAGGCAGCAGAUUUGAAACUUCGGAUAGAUGAAAUGCUUAGGAUAAAGGGGACAGUUUCGUUGGAAUUACGAGAUUUAGAAGCCAGGCGGCAAAAGCUGCAGUCCGAUAUAGGGCUUUAUAAUCAAAAAAUAGAUGAGCUCAAGCAGGAAUUGGGCAGACAACAGACUGAACUGGAAAGAUUGAAAAUAUCUGUCGAGCAAGCACAAGUUGCACAACAAGAAGCAGUUCUGCGAAAUACACCUGAGCUAGCACUACCGAAACCACUGUUUCCUGCAUCGUUACCAGAUUUGAACCAACCCAUUAGCAUAUCGCAAGUACGAGGAUGUAAAAUGAGUACAUGUUUUGACCACUCUCGAUGCAGUCUUACGUCUGGGUUCCCAGUUUAUCUGUACGAUCCAGAUGUUGCUUCGGUUGUUGGCCAAGGUUUCGAUAUCGAAGGAUUUCUGAAGACGACAAUUAAACAGACGCUAGGGUACAAUGCGCAUCUUACCAAUGAUCCCAAGAAAGCGUGCGUGUUUUUCGUGCUUGUAGGUGAAGCGCUGUCCGAACAGGAAACAGUGAAAAACGGCCGCUACGGUGCUACAAAUCUGGAUAACACCAAACGUUUCGCAAGUUCCAGUUUGAAUAUGACGAAAAUAAAACAACUACCAUACUGGGGUGGUGACGGUCGGAAUCAUGUAUUGCUAAAUUUUGCCCGACGAGAUUUGAAUGUGGGAGCUACGAACGUGUUUCGGAAUGUGGAUACCGGUCGAGCAAUGGUUGCGCAGUCCAGUUUCGAAGAGCGUCAAUUUCGACGAGGAUUUGAUUUGGUUGUACCACCAAUUCUAGGUCCCCCGGGAGGGGACAUCUGGCAGGACUGUAGUCCAAUGUUACCGGCCAGAAGGAAGUAUUUGCUAAGUUUUCAGGGAGAGAUAAACGUUCGCCAGAACCAGUCAUCGCUGAACAAUAUCGACGAGGAGGCGGAAACUGUUGAUGAUUUUAUAAUCGAGCACAUGAAGGAAAUGUCAUCUGGACACACACAAGAUCGUUUCUUGCUUCAGUUUGAAUGCAUUCCUGCUACAGAACUGCGAAGUUCUUCAACGGUUCGGGAUUGGUCCCUAUGCGGGACGGAUAAUUCGCGAAAGUCAGUGCUGAAGGAUGCAACGUUUACACUUUUGUUGUCCCCUGGUGGGCUUAGUGUAAGUACAACAUUAUUCCAAGCACGUUUGUACGAAGCUCUUCGUGCAGGUGCUAUUCCGGUGAUUCUGGGAGGUGAUCAAAUUGAGCUGCCAUACGCAGAGACAAUUGAGUGGCGACGUGCGGUUGUACUACUACCGAAGGCAAGAAUUACCGAGUUGCACUUUUUACUACGAGCAAUUCCCGACGCUGAUCUUUUAAGCAUGCGUCGUCAAGGUCGUAUCUUCUGGGAAAGAUAUCUUAGCUCAGUUCAGGCAACAGUUGAUACUAUUAUUGCCAGUAUACGAGAUCGUCUCGGUAUUCCACCGAAGCCAGUUUCAUCCGUUGUGGCUCAUAGUGUAUUCAAUUCAAGUUUCAUUCCGCUAAAAUCAGAUCCUGUUCUGGAUGCGGAGCCGGAAGAAUCCUUAGGACCGAUUGAACCACCCUAUCCAAGUCCAGCAUACCGACGCAAUUAUACUGCUCUCUUGAUACAGUCUCGGGAAGCGUGGAAUGAUUGGGCAGAUCCGUUUGCUCUUUAUCCACAGCUUCCGUUCGAUCCCGUACUACCAUCGGAUGCAAAGUUCAUUGGUUCGCAUAUGGGUUUCCGUCCCAUUGGCAAGGGUGCCGGUGGGGCUGGUAAAGAGUUUGGGGAAGCUCUCGGUGGCAACUAUCCCCGAGAACAGUUCACAAUUGUGAUCCUAACAUACGAACGCGAACAAGUGUUGAUGGAUUCACUCAGCAGGCUCUACGGACUUCCUUACUUGCAUAAAGUCAUCGUUGUAUGGAAUUCACCCAAGCCUCCCCUGGAAGAUUUGCGCUGGCCGGAUAUAGGAGUUCCGGUACAUGUUGUUCGUGCGCCUCGAAAUUCGUUGAACAAUCGAUUCCUACCGUUCGAUGCCAUUGAAACCGAAGCAGUUUUAUCGGUUGAUGACGAUGCCCAUCUACGACACGAUGAGAUACUGUUUGGUUUUCGCGUGUGGCGAGAGCAUCGGGAUCGUGUUGUAGGAUUCCCCGGACGCUUUCAUGCCUGGGAUACAAAUACUUUGGACGCAUGGAAUUACAACUCUAAUUACAGCUGUGAGCUAAGCAUGGUACUGACAGGGGCAGCGUUCAUUCAUAAAUACUACACAUACUUGUACACGUACGUGUUACCCCAAGCCAUCCGUGACAAAGUCGAUGAGUAUAUGAACUGUGAGGACAUAGCGAUGAAUUUUCUAGUAUCACAUGUAACUCGAAAACCACCAGUUAAGGUAACAUCUAGAUGGACAUUUCGUUGUCCCGGUUGUCCUGUGUCCCUCAGCGAAGACGAUACACACUUUCAGGAGAGACAUAAAUGUAUCAAUUUCUUCACAAAGGUGUUUGGUUAUACACCCUUGCUAAAUACUCAAUACCGUGCCGAUUCCAUCCUGUUUAAAACGAGGAUACCACACGAUAAGCAAAAGUGUUUUAAAUUUAUAUAGACUGUCGUACAAGUACGCCAUGUUUCAUAAAACAAACUGCACCAUCACAGUGCGCCUCGUCUCGUUUACCGGAAGCGCAUAUUUCCGUAGUUAGAGUCCAUUCCAGUUGAUCUCUACCACCAGCACCAACGUCACAAGUUCUGUAGGGCACAGACGGAAAUACAUUAGACCAAAAACUAAACAUAACUUUUAAAUGACAGUUAUAAAACUAGUGACAAGCAAUUGUAGUUCUGUAGGUAGCCUUGUAAUUCUGUAUUAGAUGUGUAAAUUGAGUUUAUCUAACGGCAGCUUGUAUUGACGAUUUUACAAGAAAAUAACUAACAAUUUAGUUUACAGGUUAUGUAGAAUUCAUUUACUCAGUGGUAGUGCAAAAUCGUGCAAAUUCUUAUGUUUUUAGUCGUUUUUAUGUAAAGUGAUUCAGUUUUAUUCGAACAGUGCCAGAUUAUUUUUAAUAAUGUAUUGAAAAAAUAAAC